CCGGCGGCCGAGGGCGCGGGGUGCGGGCGGGGAGCCCUUCGCAGCCGCUGACUCGACAAAUGCGAGCGCAGAGCCGGGUCCCGGAGCCUCUCCGGCGCGCCCCGCUGCGUACCCGGACCCCGGACCCCGAGGCGCCGAGAGCCGGGGCCCAGAAGUGCGCCUGCCGCGGAGAGGGGGCUUCGGCAGCGCCCCUCGGGUGCGCCAUUUCCCGAGGGAGGGCCGCGGCCCCUGGGCGGGCGGCGCGGGGGGCCGCUCGGAAGCCGCGCUGGGCUGAACCCCCUUUCCGUGGCUGGCGAUCGCCUCGGCCCCGCGGCUGCCUACCGGCCUCGGCUCGGAGACGAGGCGGCGAGCCGCGCACCCCGCCCCCAUCGGUGCCCCGGCGCUGUCGCCCCAGUCACCUUCCUUUGCCCUUCUCCGACAGCACCUCGGGCUGGCUCCCUCCCGCUUUCGGGAAAAAAGCCGAGGAAAACAGCUGAAUCCUGGAGCCGCCGGGGACCUGGAAGACGCUGUCGGCGCUUCAACAGCUUGGAAUUCCCAUCACCUUGCUUCCCCGCCACUUGGAGGAGGAACUGACAGCCGGCUGAUAGGAAACUCAUCCAGGGAGAGAAGAGACCUCUGUCAAGUGUGCAAUUUGGAAUCAUGUUUACAGCUCUUUUCAGAUGCUUUGCAUUCAGAAUAGACCUCUGAAUUAGGACCCAGCCUCUCAACUCACCUGCCACUACUGAGUUCCUGAGUUGCAGGCAUUGAUUUCUGACUUUGGAAGAUGGAUGAAGGUGUAGACAUUUCCAGUGAUGGAAACUCCCUCAUCAAAGCUGUGCACCAGAGUCGCCUGCGCCUCACCAGGCUCUUGCUGGAAGGCGGGGCUUACAUUAACGAGAGCAAUGACCGCGGAGAAACGCCUUUAAUGAUCGCUUGUAAGUCCAAGCAUGUGGACCACCAGAGUGUCAGUAAAGCCAAAAUGGUUAAGUACCUGCUAGAGAACAAUGCGGAUCCCAACAUACAGGACAAAUCUGGGAAAACCGCUCUGAUGCAUGCUUGCCUAGAGAAAGCUGGUCCGGAGGUGGUUUCCUUGCUCCUGAAGAGCGGGGCUGACCUCAGCUUGCAAGACCAUUCCAGUUACUCGGCCCUAGUGUAUGCCAUAAAUUCCGAAGAUAGAGAGACCUUGAAAGUUCUUCUUAGCGCUUGCAAGGCUAAAGGGAAAGAGGUUAUUAUCAUAACCACAGCAAAAUCGCCCUCUGGCAGGCACACAACCAAGCAGUACUUAAAUAUGCCUCCAGGUGAUCUGGAUGAAUGCCCUUCCCCAGACACCUGCGCCACGCCCUCGGAAAUUGACAUCAAAACCGCCUCCUCGCCCCUUACCCCUUCUUCGGAAACAGAAAGGACCCUUUUUGGCUUCAGAGAUCUGGAGUCUGCGGGAAGCAGCGAUGAUGCGCGGGAGCCCGACUCCCCCGUGAGGAAACCAACCUUGGUCCCGACGGGACCCAAGCUACCCCAGCCUGCGGGCCGCAUCAAGAGCACCCCCUCCUUAAUGCACCAGAACAGAGUGGCCUCUUUGCAAGAGGAGCUCCAGGAUAUCACACCUGAGGAAGAAUUAUCCUACAAAGUCAACGGGCUGGCGCUUUCCAAGCGAUUCAUCACCAGACACCAAAGCAUCGAUAUCAAAGACACAGCAUAUAUGCUGAGAAACUUUGAUCAGGCCAGCUCAAGAAAGAUGUCCUAUGAGGAAAUAAAUUAUCCAUCCUUUUUCCCAGAAGGAAACCAGCAAUGCACUGAAAUCCCUGUUGACCAGGACCCAGACUCUACCCAGACGAUCUUUGCUUCUACCUUACAAAAUAUCGUUCAGAAAAGAAACUCGGGAGCAAAUCAUUACAGCUCUGAUUCUCAGCUCUCAGCCGGUCCCAUCCCGACAAAUUUAGAGGAAGGCAAAGCAGUAACUGGAAAGAAAAAGAUACUGUCUCCAGGUUCUUCCUUGCUUUCUGGGUCCAAAGAAGUGCUGGAGAACAUGGCCCCAGGACCCUUGAGUCGGCGUAACCACGCGGUGCUAGAAAGGCGGGGCUCCGGGGCUUUCCCUUUAGAUCACAGCGUCCCCCUAACCAGGCCAGGAUUCCUGCCCCCGCUCAAUGUGAAUCCACACCCCCCCUUCUCAGAUAUUAAUGCCAACAACAAGCUCUCCAGCCUUCUUUCUUGUGGUCAGAAAGUCCUUAUGCCCACAGCUCCUGUUUUCCCCAAAGAAUACAAAAGUAAAAAAAUGUUGUUCCGGAGACAAUCCUUGCAAACCGAACAAAUCAAGCAGUUAGUAAAUUUUUAAGAGAUGGCUAGAAAAUGUAUUUUGCUCACACUGUGUCAGAGUUCUAUAGAACUAAAGAAGAAAUCUUGUGUGGUCAUCCUUUCACAUCUCAGAAUUGAUUAGACAGAUCAUUGUACUAGACACUGUGAACACACAAGUAACAAUAGUCUCACUAAAGGA